CGUCAUCAGCCUGAGUCGGUGCACCAAAACGUGCGUCGCGUUGUAUUUUUUUCCACAUAGGAGUGAAAGUAAUACAUUCAUUUAAAAAAAAACUUCACGUUUUAGAUUAAUUCUAGAGAAAAUAAACCACUCGGGACAGUAUGGAUGACGAAGAGGAAACAUACAGGCUGUGGAAGAUCCGCAAAACCAUCAUGCAGCUCUGCCAUGAUAGGGGCUAUCUGGUGACACAGGACGAGUUGGAUCAGACACUGGAUGAGUUCAAGAGUCAGUUUGGAGACAAGCCCAGCGAGGGGCGUCCCAGACGGACAGACCUCACCGUCCUGGUGGCACACAAUGAUGACCCCACUGACCAGAUGUUUGUUUUCUUUCCUGAGGAGCCCAAGGUGGGGAUCAAAACGAUUAAGAUGUACUGUCAGAGGAUGCAGGAGGAAAACAUCACACGAGCAAUCAUCGUUGUUCAGAUGGGGAUGACACCUUCAGCAAAACAGUCUCUCGUCGACAUGGCACCCAAGUACAUACUGGAACAGUUUCUACAACAGGAGCUUCUUAUUAACAUCACAGAGCACGAGCUUGUACCCGAGCACAUUGUCAUGACAAAAGAGGAAGUGACUGAACUUCUAGCAAGAUAUAAACUAAAGGAAAGUCAGCUGCCAAGGAUCCAGGCUGGGGACCCCGUGGCUCGCUACUUUGGAUUGAAAAGAGGACAGGUAGUGAAGAUCAUCAGACCCAGUGAAACCGCUGGAAGGUACAUCACAUACAGACUGGUCCAGUAACAGACGGUUGCUCCUCUGGACCAACAUUUCGGACCAGUGAAGGAAACUCAAGGUCCUGUAAUUUUAUACUUCUACUUUUGACUUGUUUAGAUUUAAAUAUUUCUUGUAAUUACUGAUUUUGUAAAAUAAAUAAUUUGAAAUGGAAA